AAAGAUCUCCCUAGACUUGUCAAGCCUCAACUCAAGUAUAAAUAUAUAAAUACAUAACCUUUUGUGUGUGUGUAUACAUAUAUAAUAACAAUCCCUCAAAAAAAAAGUGUUUUAGGUUUUAAGUGUUUGUGAAGAGAGAUGGUUGUUAAAGUGUAUGGUCCAGUUAGGGCUGCUUGCCCGCAGAGAGUGCUGGCUUGCCUUGUGGAGAUGGGGGUUGAAUUUGAGCUUAUUCAUGUUGAUCUUGACUCUGGAGAACAUAAAAAACCCGAUUUCUUACUUCGGCAGCCCUUUGGACAAGUUCCAGUCAUAGAGGAUGGCGACUUCAGGCUUUUUGAGUCAAGGGCAAUCAUAAAGUACUAUGCAGCAAAGAAUGCAGACUACGGUCCCAACCUACUAGGAACCACUCUGGAAGAGAAAGCCCUGGUUGACCAGUGGCUCGAGAUCGAAGCACACAACUUCAACGACUUGGUGUACAACAUGGUUCUUCAGCUGGUGGUCCUCCCACGCAUGGGGGAGCAAAGCGACUUGGCAUUGGUCCACAGCUGUGAGGACAAGCUUGAGAAAGUGCUCGACAUCUAUGAGCAGAGGUUGUCGAAGAGCAACUAUCUAGCUGGAGAUUCGUUCACGCUCGCUGACCUCAGCCACCUUCCGGCUAUUAGGUAUCUGUUGAAUGAAGCUGGGCUUGGACACUUGGUUAGAAACAGAAAGAAUGUGAAUUCUUGGUGGAUGGAUAUUUCAAGCAGGCCUGCCUGGAAGAAAGUCAUGAAUCUCAUGGACUAGCUUUUACUUUCUUAUUUUAUUUUAUUUUGAGAAUUGUUGUUUAGACCGACUAAUCCUGCCCUAAUCCAUCUUGUAUCUAGUAUUACAUUGGUUUAGUUUAUGUGUCCCAACACAUACUAACCGACGUGAUACCAAUACGUGGUCGGUUUUAGAAGUGGAUUAAUCGGCAUAAUUAAAAAUCGUUUUUCUUUAUGUACUUGUUCUAUUUUAUUUCUUGGGGUGAUUGGUUGAAGUGAGCCAUGCUUAUCGUCUCUCUUGUAAGAACAUCUUUAUAAUGUAGGGGUAUUUCAUACUUUC